GGGGAAUUAGAUUUAUUGACUAUCUUGUGGUUAGCCUAAUAUCAGUGAUGAUUUUAUGAAUGUGAGCGAUAUAUCAUUGGAGAUGGUCUAAAGGAACACACAUUUUGCAAUAUUUUGUUCAAAAUAAUCUUAAUCCCAUGUUGAUUAGUAUACUAUAGAAAAGGUAAUAAUAAAGUAAUAAUUAAUGAUUAAGACAGAAAGUGUGCAAAUAAUCCCAACAGCUCGGUGGCUUCUCGUCUCGUCUCGUCUCCGCCAACUUCGCAAUCGUGCUCCAUAAGGAAGCUAAUUAAGCGGGUCUUCUCUCUUUCUGCCCUCCCCCUCCCGCUAAAAUUACCCCACCGUCCCAAAACACGAGGGUAUGAUGGGGAAUUCACAGAAAGACAGUUGUGGUGAAUGAGUGCACCCUUAACAGGAAGGAAGUGGGGUGUUGACGUGGCGGAGAGCCCUGCUUUCUCUCUCGUCUUUCUCUCCCUCCCACUCGCGCUUAUUUCUCUCUCUCUCUCCCCCUCUUCGCAAAAGAUUCUCUGUUGCAAUUUCCAUUCCGCUUCUCGCUCGCUCUCUUCUCCUCCAUAAAUAAAUGGUGCUCAGCUGCGGCGAUCGGACACAUUCCAUUGCCGCUUCUCCGCCAGCUAGCUAGAGCUCCAUAACUCCAUUCAUUCACUUCAACUCUCUGGCUUCAAAAUUUUCCGCAAGUUGCUUGAAGCUCUUCGAUCACAACUCAAACUCGCCGUUUUUUCUUCGUCGACUACAACCGGCCUCAUAAAGGUUCCUUUCUUUUCUUUCAUAGAGAGGUCUCAAAUUCGGCUGAUCCUUUUCGUUGCUAGGCUGCAUUUUCCUAUCGCGCAAUUCUAGUAUCUCUGUAACAGUGUAACUCUGGGUAUUAAUUCCUUCCCUUGUGUAAAAUAUUAUUGUGCUUUAGGUUAUCCAAGAGAGUAACAAAAAAUGUUAGACGCUUGGCUGAAGGGAAAGUUCUAUUCCAAAUGCAAGACAGGAAUCAGGAUGACCAAAACUCGGGUAGAUUUGAUACGGAAAAAGAGGAAUGCAAUGCAGAAGUAUUUCAAGAAUGAUAUUGCCGACCUUCUCAUGAAGGGGUUAGAUGUCAAUGCAUACGGAAGGUCUGAAGGGCUUCUGGUUGAACUCAAUCUAUCAAGGUGUUAUGAUUUAUUGGAGCAGUAUUGUCAGCAGAUCUCUAGCAAUAUUUCAGUCAUGAAUAAAGAGAGAGAGUGCCCUGAAGAUUGCAAGGAAGCUGUAUCAACUUUGAUGUUUGCAGCAGCAAGGUUUGCUGACUUGCCAGAAUUGCGUGAUCUCAGAACCAUAUUCACCGAUAGAUAUGGGAAAUCCAUCGACUUUUUCGUCAAUAAAGAGUUUGUUGAAAAGCUGAAGGGAGAAAUACCAUGCAAGGACAUGAAGCUUCAGUUACUUCAAGACAUAGCAUCAGAGUGGGACAUAGAAUGGAACUCAAAGGCUUUGGAACAAAAGCUAUACACACCGCCACCAGCAACUUGUGAUGUAAAAUUGGAGAAAAGGGAAGAUGAUGACUCAGACAAAUACAAUACACAAACUUCUCUUUCAGCUAAUGAUAGGAAUAAAGAAAAUGAAUCUGCUCAUGUGAAGGUUCCCUUGCAUUACCAGUCCAUCCCUCCUCCAUACACUAAACCACAUGAACCUAAAAAGAAUGGCACUUUGGAUAAUGCUGAUAAUGAUAGGGUUGAAGAAGAGGAGAGAGUGAAGCCCAAAUCAGUUAGAAAGGUAAGAGAGGCAGCAAAUGGUGACCAUGAAGAGAAAAGGCUGGACAAAUUGUUGGAGCAUUACAGCAAGAAGAAGGGUGCUUCAGAUAAACAAGAUGAAGAAGGUGGGUGCAGCAAAGUGUUGCCAAAGCGUAGAUCAAUAGAUUUUGGUUCGAGUGUUGGAGGUGAAACUACACCAAAAGGUGGUCAUCUUAGAGCAGCUUCAUAUAAUAUUGACACUUGUUGGAAUCCAAAUGCACACAUCCAUCCAAAGCUACCGGAUUAUGAUGACCUUAUAGCUAGGUUGGCAGCAGCAAGAUCAGACCAAAUAUGAUGAAAUAAAGAUGAUGCAUGGGUAGAUGGAAAUGUACAAUACUAGUAUAAUUCAUGAAUCAUGAUCAGUGUAGUAACUCAUUGAUUGAAUGUACACAAAUAUACAUUUACAUGUUCUAGUCUUCUAGAUCUGAUCUGUACAAAUCAAAGGGCCAUCAUUCCUAACUUCCUAUUCGGCUAUUCCUUCCCUUGCCUUUCACUUGCAUCCGUAUAUGACUAUAUGUACUCAAUCC